UAGAGUCAUGUAACGCUCUGAGGCAUUCAGGAAGAAAAGCAACAUAUGACAGUAUCACUUUCAGGCAGAGAGCUUUGAUAUUACAUACUGUAUAUACAGUAUAUUAGAGUUUGUAGCUUUUCCUGCCUGCUGCUGCCAUCAAACAAACUUACAAUGUCAUCGAUCGGUCCUCUCUUCUUUUUCCUGGGUUUGGUUGUGGCUUCUGUCGCAGCAGAUGAGACAUCAACAGUCAGAGGGUUUUCCACAACAAAAAUUAACAACCAAAUCCUUGGCAAUAAUGGCGAUACUUCCACCACUGUAGCACUCUCCACUACCAACUACAAAACCAACACCACCGCCAAUAUGACCAGCAUCUCCAGUACCACCAGUAACAUGAAAAUCACCAAAACCAACAGCACCAUCACACCCCCAACAACAAAUCAAAAUGGUGAUAGCAGUUCUACAGAUGACAAAGUCUCCCAACGUACAAGGACCCCAAAGUCUUUGACUAGUCCUUCUAAAAGCACAACACAGGCCACCACAACAAAAGACAACGUCAACAACAAACUCACAUCAACAGGCAACAGCACUGGCAUUAUCAUCCUAGUUGUGAUCAUCAUCAUAGCUCUUUUAUUAGGAGUUGCCUGCUACGUCGCAAGGAGGAGAGAAAGGCGCUACUCUGUUGACUUCACUUCUAGACCGGAUGAAACACACAUCCCUCUCAGCACUAUAGACCCUGAUUUGCCUAUUGAUGCUGUAUCUCAGAACGGUAUGCAAACCUUUGAAAGUGCAGAAAAUACUACAAACGAGCCACAAGAACCAGAGGCAAAACCUGAAGUACAGGAGGAACAGAAAGCUGAUAAAUCCAAUCCCAGUACUGAUUCUGCAGCUCCUGCGCCAUCCCCAGACAGCUCUGAGAACAAACCCAAAGAGAACGUAGUUGAGCAGAGUACUCCUGCACCUGUGCAGCCGAGUGUGGAGGAGAAAACUGAUGAUGAAGGCGUCGACUCCAACAAGACCUCCGUGGAAUCGCUGAAGGAGACAAAUGAGAACAACAGCAACAAUGCUGACGUCAGUCAGAAGAGAGAUUUAAAGUCGAGCGACUUCUUCUGGGAUAUUCCUCUCAAUUGGCCGGUGUGAAACAUAUUGCCUUUCUGCCCCUGUGCUGUUCUUCAGGAACUCGAUUGAAGAAAGACAUACAAACUCAAGUGACCGCAGCGGAAAAGGACACUUCUGUUCAUUCUUUGUGAGAAAUCUAGUUGGCUGUUGCUUCCUUGUUGGAAACAAAAGAAACAGCAGCUUUUAAGUUUUUAAGUUAAACAUCAGCUCAGCUUUUUAAGUAUUUUCCUGAUAACUGAAUUUGUGUGCUUUACAAACAGUUACAAUUUACUGGAUUUAUUGGCUAAAUAUUAGUAUUAAUAUUUUUUGUACAAUGGUAACACUUUAUUUAAAGCCCCCCCCCAUUUUGCAUUUAUAAGCAGUAUAUAAACAUAUAAUACAUUAUUUAUAACACAGUUGUAUUUUGCAACCACUUGAAUACUGCUCACCUCACCCUCCCCUUCCAAGCGUGUAGGAGAAACUACGGUGGCUGCGAAACUCGCAAAAAACAUGAAUGGCCCAAUCUAGAGCCAGUGUUUGGUUUGUCUGUUCUGGGCUACUGUAGAAACAUGGCGGUGCAACAUGGCGACCUCCGUGGAAGGGGACCCGCUCCCUAUGUAGAUAAAAACAGCUUAUUCUAAGGUAACGAAAACGCAACAAUUCUUAUUUUCCAGUGAUUUUACACUAAUUAAAACAUACUUAUAUAUAUUAUAUUUAAUUCCUACCAAAACAAAGAACAGAGAAGCUCUAUUGAAAACACACAAGGGGGGGUGAUGUCAUACUCUGCUCAGGACGUCAUUACGCCACUAUAUCUUUACAUAGCAAGUAGUUGUUUGGUGCUAUAUUAAUGUUCAAAUUCUUGUAUACAGAACCUUUAAAGUGUUACCGGUACAACUUUUUAAAACAUUUUAUGUAUAUGUAAUGCACAUUGAUCAACAACGCUGUAAAUGUGCAAGUGUUAGCCUAAAGGCUAAUUUUCAACUGUUGUCCCUUGCACUGAUGUUAAAUUAUCCAUUAGCAUUGUAUAUUCACUGCCAACUCCCCAACCUGGCAUCUGAAAACUGCUCUUUACACAUUCUUUAUACUAUAUCACAAAAUAUUACAGAUUUCUUCCAUGUUUUUUGAUACAUGCAGUAUUUUUGGUACACAUUUAUAAAAUACAAUAAGAAUAAUAUAUAAAUAAACAAGACUAUAUAGGUUUAUCAAAUUUGAAUCAGUCUUCUUUUAUCAAUUUAGGAUGCAAUGAUAUUUUUGUAGAUGCUGCAUUUUGCUUUUCCAUGCCGUUCCCAUGCAGUAGUAUUAAAGUUUCCGUUUUGCUGAAAAAUUGCUAUGAUGUGAAUGUCAUUUGAAUGUAUUAAAGAUAAGUAUUCUAACUUUG